GACACUGGUGUCCCUGCCCCAGGUCUUUUCAGCCCCGCUGGCCACACGGCUGCGAUCUCCUCCAGCAGGUCACCCAGCUCCACGAUGAUGGCUGAGGAGCACACAGACCUGGAGGCCCAGAUCGUCAAGGACAUUCACUUCAAGGAGAUCGACCUGGUGAACCGGGACCCCAAGAACAUUAACGAGGACAUAGUGAAGGUGGAUUUCGAAGACGUGAUCGCGGAGCCCGUGGGCACCUACAGUUUCGAUGGCGUGUGGAAGGUGAGCUACACCACCUUCACCGUCUCCAAGUACUGGUGCUACCGCCUGCUGUCCACGCUGCUGGGGGUCCCGCUGGCCCUGCUCUGGGGCUUCCUCUUCGCCUGCAUCUCCUUCUGCCACAUCUGGGCGGUGGUGCCCUGCAUCAAGAGCUACCUGAUCGAGAUCCAGUGCAUCAGCCACAUCUACUCGCUCUGCAUCCGCACCUUCUGCAACCCGAUCUUUGCCGCCCUGGGCCAGGUCUGCAGCAACAUCAAGGUGAUGCUGCGGAAAGAAGUGUGA